AUGACAGCCCAAUUUGAAGCGGCGGAGGCUCGCAACAAGCUGGAGGAUCUCUCUGGAAUUCAGCUUGAGCCGGGCGAGAACCCAUACAACGCCCUCAUCAAAGCCUGCAAUGAUGAUCCGGCUGAGGUCCAAACUCUGUACUCUGUCCACCGGACAAAGAGGAACGGCCAGCAAGCGGAGAAGUUUUUGUCCUCUGAUUUCAAGGAACUGGUUAUUGACCAGACCCUCCUGCGGCUUGAAGAUCCGACUGUAGAGCCGGGAUUUCGUGACAAUAGGAACUGUUUGGUCAUCUGGGCCAGACCCCCAGACCACGUUAUCCGCUUAGCCUCCAAGGUCAAUGAGUUGCUCAAGAAAGCCGCACCUAGUGUCUGGCUUAUGCCUUCACAUAGGAUGCAUUUGACAACCCUCGAGGUUGCAUUUUCCAAAACACCCCAGGAGAUUGCUGCCAUUGUAACGACUCUAAGACCAGCUAUCCCUGACAUUGUGAACUACCCAUAUCGUCACAGAUCUCGCCUUGUCAAGCCUAUGGUUUCGUAUGAUUUGUCUGCUUUUGCCCUCUCAUUUCUUCCCGCGUCAGGUGAAGCAGCACUAUCCCCUCCUCUCACUGAGCCUGUUAUUACAGAGGGGAUCACACAGGGAGACGAUUACACAUAUCACCAUCUGCGUCGCGACGUGUACGACAAGGUACAGGAAAGCGGCGUCGUUGUUGGGUCAAGAUAUCAAGUUCCCAGUGCGCACAUCACACUUGGACGCUAUCUGAAUCACGAUGAUCAUGACACGCCAGAGAAGAGGGCAGCCUGGGUUAAGGCCAUCGAUGAGGUCAAUGCAUGGCUAGAGAAGGAGGUCUGGGAUAGUCCUGACUCCGAGUAUAAUGCUGGUGAGUGGCUAGUCGGCCACGAGAGAGGACUGGAUGCACGAAAUGGCACACUGUGGUAUGGAGGCGGCAAGACUAUAAUGCUGGGCGAAGGAUUUUAG